AACAAAAACAAAAUAGAAUAUUAAAUUCUAUUUGCUAGGUACCAUGUUAAUAUAAUUUUAAUUUACUUUUCUUUAAAUUUUUUGUAAUUUGUAUUUACUUGUCUGAAAGAUACGUUUAUGUUGUCCAAGAAUUGUAUUCGUCUUCUAUGAAUUAUGUCUGUGACCUUACAUACAGAUGUCGGUGAUAUAAAAAUUGAAGUAUUCUGUGAAGAAUGUCCAAAAACUACGGAGAACUUUUUAGCAUUAUGUGCUAGCGACUAUUAUAAUGGGUCUUUAUUUCACCGUAACAUCAAAGGAUUCAUUGUUCAAACUGGUGAUCCAACACAUACGGGUAAAGGGGGUUCAUCAAUUUGGGGUCGAAAGUUUGAAGAUGAAUUCAAAGAAAAUUUAAAACAUAAAGAACGAGGAACUGUAUCAAUGGCUAAUAAUGGGCCCAACACUAAUGGUAGCCAGUUUUUCAUUACAUAUGCUGCUCAACCAAAUCUGGAUUUAAAAUAUACAGUUUUUGGAAGAGUAAUCGAUGGAUUUGAAACUUUAGAUGAACUAGAAAAACUACCAGUAAAUUCAAAAAAUUUUAAACCUUUAACUGAUGUGAAAAUACAAUAUGUUUCCAUUCAUGCAAAUCCCUUGGCAACAUAAAUGUUACAUUCAAAAAAAUCUAAUUUUUAAAUGGUAAUUACUAAUU